AUGCCAUUGAACAUCCUCUUCUUCCUACUGUUCCUUUUCUCUCAUAAUUUCCACUUGGAAUGCAACGCAGAAACAGAAACAGAAACAGAAGCAGAGGCACUUCUGAAUUGGAAGUCUAGCUUGUUCAAUAUUCCUAAAUCUCUCAGCUUAUGGAGCCUGACCGAUUCCACCAAUCAUUGCCAUUGGUUUGGCAUCACCUGCAACUCGGCCGGUAGCGUAGUUGAGCUCAACUUGCCAAACUGCAGGCUCAAUGGCAGGCUUGACGAACUAAACUUUACCUCUCUAUCAAAUCUCAACAAAAUCGACCUCAGCAGAAAUACUCUGACUGGUUCAAUCCCAAGAAACCUCUCUGCUCUCUCCAAGCUCACUUCAUUGGAUAUAGGCUACAAUAGUUUAGAUAUUUCAGAUUUCUCUGAGUUCAAAGCCAUGCCAACAUUAACAUACGUUUCACUCCGAUCAAACAGCCUUCUGACACUGGAAUUCCCAUCCUUCAUACUCAACUGCACUAAUCUAACCGUCCUUGAUCUAUCAGUUAAUGAGUUCAAUGGAACAAUACCAGAUUCCCUUGGAACCAAUCUGGUCAACCUUCGGUGCCUGAAUCUCUCCUUCAACUCAUUCUCUGGGUCAAUACCUUCAAGUAUAGGAAACAUGGCUUCACUAGAGCACUUAGACAUGAGUUUUAAUUUAUUGGAGGGGAAGCUACCAAGCACAAUGUCUCAGCUUGAGAACCUCAUGUACCUAGAUUUAUACGGUAACAAGUUAAAUGGUAGCAUCCCUAUGGGUCUUGGGCAGGGGGGUCUGCUCUACUUUGCCAACUUCUGUAACAACAGGCUCUCUGGGGAGCUGUCAAAGUCUCUGUGCAGUGGAUUCAAGCUCCAGUACCUGGAUGUGGGCUACAACAACUUGUAUGGAGCAAUACCGUCCUGGUUGCGCAACUGCACCAGCUUAAUACAAAUCGGGUUGGAGGGUAACCAUUUCACGGGAGACAUUUCAAAGGCGUUCGGGAUGCAUCCGAACCUCAUAUCUUUGCACCUCAAUGGGAACCAGCUGACUGGAACUCUGUCAACAGACUGGGGACAGUGCACUAGCUUGACGUCCUUCAGUAUUGAUGGCAAUAAUAUAUCUGGUGAGAUUCCAAAAGAAUUUGGUAACAUGACAAGCCUGCAAUACCUGAGUUUAGAUUCAAACUUCCUGAAAGGAGAGAUUCCAAAGGAAUUUGGUAACAUGACAAGCCUGAAAUACCUGAGCUUAAAUUCAAACUUCCUGACCGGCAAGAUACCACAUGAAUUGGGAAACUUGAGCUUGUUAAGGAGUCUCGUCAUCAACAACAAUAUGUUAUCAGGCCAUAUCAUAAGAAUCAGCCGCAUGACUCAACUCUAUUAUCUCGAUUUAUCAGGAAACAAUCUAUCAGGACAGAUUGAAGCAGAGUUGGGAAACUCCAGCAGGUUAUCAUAUCUUGUCCUCAGGCACAACUUGUUAGCGGGUCGUAUACCAUCAACAAUCGGAUGCAUGGUCUUCCUCGAGAAUCUUGACUUGUCGGGAAACAAACUUUCUGAUGAACUACCAGAGAAGCUUGGUGACCUCAAGAAUUUAAGGCAGUUAGAUUUGAGCAGCAAUGCAUUAUCUGGGUCAAUUCCUUCCAGCUUAGCAAGGCUUACGGCUUUGCAGCAGCUCAAUGUGUCUCACAACAAACUCUCAGGUCAAAUCCCUGAAGCAUUCGCAGGCAUGUAUAGUCUAUACUCCAUUGAUUUCUCUUAUAAUAAGCUAACAGGGCCGAUUCCUUCUGGAGAAGUUUUCUGGAAGCCAUCCAUGGCUUAUGUCGGCAAUGCUGAUUUGUGUAGAGAUGCUUCCAGUUUGUUCUCGUGUGGGUUCAGUACCUCAGACCAAGGAUCUCACGGUCCCUCAGACAAAGGAUCUCACAAUCCCUCAGACCAAGGAUCAAAUAAGAAACACACAACACUACUUAUCGCCAUCACUGUCCCCGUGGUUGGAUGUUCCCUUAUGCUUCUAGUCGCCAUUGCAGUUGCAUGCCGGCGACAACGAACCAACAAAGUCACCGAAACAGAAAACUAUUCCUUAGUGUGGGAUACAGGUCUCAAGUUUAAAUUCACAGAUGUCAUGGAAGCCAUAGAUGACUUCAAUGAAGCAUACUGCAUAGGAAAAAGGAAGUUUUUGGGGUGGUGUAUAAGGCUGAACUGCCCUCUGGCCAAGUAUUGGCUGUGA